CUCGAACGCAGGCCUCAAGAAACUUCAAGUAUAUUCCCAUCACCACAGAGAAACCACUUUUUGGUAAAGCUCACAGCGCUAUAGCAUCCCCGUCAGAUAUAACAACAGGCUCGACUUCCGAGGAGUAUCAUAAUCCACGCCGAAUUGCUAUUCAUCAUCACCGGCACCGCGGUUCACCUAUUCCACGAACUCCGACAAGUAUACCGAACCUUCGAACAGCAUGAGCGGUUUCAAAAAUCCAGCAGAUUUGACCGCCUGCGCCUUCGGCUCCGAAUGCGACAGUAAGCCUGGGGGUCAGCCAGAGGGACCCGAAAUCUGCGGAUGGUGCAAGAACCUCAGCCCUUUCGUUCUCAGCUCGAAAGUGGCAAAGUAUCCCAAAACUUCCACACUGGUCGGCCUGGUAGACGCAUACAAACGGGAACUGGAACAAGAAUACAGGCGACAUAUCCAAGAGAGGACGGGAUUAUUCCCGUGCGUCACCAAAGACAUUGGCUACCUUCGACCUGCCGCGGAGGACCCUCGAGAUUUCAAUCCACAGAGCUACGGACCUUGCGGCCUCGUCCUUCACCGUGGCAGCCUGUGUCAACGCUGUAUUCAACGCGCAGUGCAAAUACCCUAUCCUCGCCGCAAUGAGCUCUUCGAUGGCGAUAUGUUGGGGUUUCCGUGCGUUUUCCGGGACAUGCGGUAUACGUCAGACAACCCGCCCAUCACGCCAGGUUGGCAGUUUCUGAAAGAAAAGGAUGGAACUCCGGUUGACGACUGGUUUCCUAAGGGUUCGUGCAAACGCGCUGGUCGAAAGGGUCGAUUGUGCUCGAAUUGCUAUGGGCGUCUGUGUGAGAGGUCGCGUUUCGGCCAGUAUUUUAAUAAGGAAACGGGCGAUUUGCGGGCUGAUUGGAGCAUUAAGACUGUGGGGAAAGAGAUAGGCAAGAAAACUCCAGGAUUCAACAUGUCUGCUGGGUUCUAACUUGGUUUGAGGGAAGAUUGGCACACCGGGGUUACAAAGUGAGCUUGCAUUAGAUGGUUGGAUCAGGAUUUCUUUUCUUUCGGCUUUUUCUAAUGACCUUGUAAUGUGUGGUGGAAUCGGGGUUUCUUUUCUUUCGGCUUUCUCUAAUGACCUUAUAUUGUAUGCUUAGAUCGGCAUUUCUUUUCUUUCAGCACUGUCUAGAUGCCACUCCUUAAUUAUACUUCUCUAGCCAGAACUUCUUCUCUCUAUUAUGCCUUCCUGCAUAUCAACAAGUCACAACGCCACAUUGCGUGAUGU